AUGAUCUUAAACGUAAUAGUAAUUGUAAGCAUAUACUGGAUACGCACUCCAAUGACUCCAAUUUUGAAGAUGAGCCUGAGCCUGGCGGCCGCUGACGCCUGCAGUUCGAUGCUUUACGCUGCUAACUUAUUCGGCCUAGACCUCAUGGAAAUGGUUAAAUUAAUGGGUAUUGUUGUGACGGUUGCCCAUUUGUUGGCGCUUAGCCUAAAUCACUAUUUAGGAAUUUUAAAACCCCUGCAUUACAAUUCCAUUGUAACCAAAAGAAAAUUAACGAUUGUCAUAUGUAUGCUGUGGAUUUGUCCUGUUAUCAUUGUCGGGACUUUGUGUGGCGUUGAAAUGAACUCGCAUACUUUUCAGUCUGAAAACAAUACUGAAUUAAUUUACAUGGAUUUUGAAAACAAUACCAAUAAAUUAAAUGUAUCCGAAGAUCCUUUCAAUAAUUUUAGAUUUCGCAUAAGCUACGCAUCGCUGUUUUUUAUUCCAAUGGUCUUUAUGGCGUUCUUUUACACCCACAUCCUGAUUAUAGUGCGUAAGCAACAAAAAGUAUGGAAACAUUUGUCUAGAAUAGGAAGUACUAAAUGGAAAGGCAGAUCUGUCAACGGCUGUCCCAGUAACAGAGUUAUAAGAGAACAAAAGCAGCUCGAGGGAAAUUUAAGAGCAAUUUGCACGACACUUCUGAUUAUGGGGUCUUGUUUUAUUGGCUGGAUGCCGGCGCUAUUACUGUAUAGCCUUAUGUGCGAAAAAGGUUGUUUUUGGCAAGGUGACUCAUUGUGCGAGUUAAAUAGAAAGCACAUUAAAGGUAUCAUGACUAUUAGGUUCAUUGAGAACCUACUUAUUAUCAUGAAGAUGCUGGCAAACGCCGUAAUUUACAGUAUUCGAAUGAAAGAAAUAAAGACUUACGAUAAUCCGAUAGAAAAAAUGGAGCUAAAAUAUUAG